CACUUUGACAGUUGUUGUUGUAAACAUUAAUUGCCAACAAAAAUCAAAACAAAUGAACGGAUAUUCUCUCUACACAAAUUGAAUUUGUGGUUUAAGUGAUAGUAUAAUGGCCAUAAAGUGUUUCCGAACCAUGUUUCUUAGCAUAAGUUAUUAAUCGUUUUAAUUGCUAGUCUAGUAGAUCAAAGUGAUUUUUUAAACGAAAGCGAAAAUUAGAGCAAUCAUCAUCAAUGGGAGCGCUAAACAAAUCAUUUUUAUGGGGAACAGGCGUUGCUUCAAUCACUUGGUGUAUUAGUCUUUAUUUGUAUUGGUUAUUGGUUCAUAAUUCGGAGGAUGAGCUCGACGCAUCGACGAUCAUUCCAAAACAGUCAUACUUCCCGUCCAAUCACGUAAAUGAUUUGAGUCCGCACAUAGAAAAGGCCAUAGAUAAAGAGAACAGUAAGCAGCAGUAUUUGGACAAAGCCAAACGAUACAAGAAAGAGCAGAAACUGAAAAAGAUAAGCCGCAAGUUAAUUAAUGAACUGCAACCAAUUGAGCCCGUCGGUGAUGAUGAGUUCGGAAUGGUCAGAAAUGAGGAAGAGAAAUUUUUACGCGACAUCGGCUACAAACGGCAUGCUUUCAAUACUUUAGUUAGUUCGAAAAUCGGGCUCUUUCGCGACAUUCCAGAUACACGGCAUAAACUAUGUGCCGAACAAAAAUACUCCAGUCAACUGCCAACCGUCUCGAUCAUAAUUUGUUUCUACAAUGAACACAUUGUCACAUUGCUUCGUUCCGUCGAUACAAUCCUGCAAAGAACUCCAUCGAGCGUCCUCAAAGAAAUAAUUCUGGUGGACGAUUACAGUGACCUGGAUGAUUUGAAGGAAACUUUGGAGAAGGAAAUUGAUAAAAUCAACGUCAACAAUACCAUUCGAUUGGUGCGCAACGAUAAACGAGAAGGACUGAUACGGUCACGCGUUUAUGGUGCCCGGAAUGCUACCAGCGAAGUUCUACUUUUUCUGGACAGUCACAUCGAAGUGAAUGUGCAGUGGAUUGAACCUCUGUUGGCGAGAGUCAAGGAAAAUCGAACGGCACUUGUGAUGCCUGUCAUUGACAUAAUUAACGCCGAUACAUUUUCGUAUACCUCGAGUCCAUUGGUGCGCGGCGGCUUUAAUUGGGGCCUUCAUUUCAAAUGGGAUAAUUUACCGACUGGAACAUUAACGAAAGACACCGAUUUCUUGGGACCGUUUCCGUCACCAACCAUGGCUGGCGGUCUAUUUGCCGUUAAUCGACUGUACUUCAAGGAACUCGGUGAAUAUGAUCUGGGCAUGGAUGUGUGGGGUGGUGAAAACAUCGAGAUUUCAUUUCGUGCAUGGCAAUGUGGCGGUUCCAUUGAACUACUUCCCUGCUCACGAAUUGGGCAUGUGUUCCGGAAACGUCGUCCAUAUGGGUCACUGAAUGGUGUCGACACUAUGAUACGAAAUUCACUGAGAGCCGCACACGUUUGGAUGGACGAUUAUAUCGACUAUUUUCUGCAACAGCAACCGACAGCCAGAUUAGUGGAUUACGGGGACAUAAGUGAUCGGCAGCAAUUGCGACAAUCGCUGCAUUGUAAAAACUUCAGUUGGUAUUUGAAAAACAUUUAUCCGGAACAGGAACUACCUGGCGAAUCGAAGGUAUUGAGCAGUGUAGACCAACCGAAGUAUCAACCGUGGCAUUCGAGAAAGCGGAACUACAUCAACACGUUCAUGAUCCGUUUGACUAAUACUACAUUAUGCAUAGCAGCCAGUGGUCCGAAGGAAAAAGGAUUCUGGAAGCGUGGAAGCAGCCUGAAAUUGGCUCCUUGUCUGCGUGUUAAAAAUCAAAUGUGGUAUGAAACGGAUAGAUUCGAGUUCGUUUUGGGCCAAUUGCUAUGCCUGGAAGCAUCUGGGGGUUCAAGUAGCUCACUUCCGGUCAUAAAUAAAUGCCAUGAAAUGGGUGGCGAUCAAGAGUGGAAGCAUAGGAAAUCGGAUGGAAGUCCAAUAUACAACAUAGCAGCUGGUACGUGUUUACGUGCAAGAGAACCUACUAAAUCGGCAGCUAUCGAAUUAGCGUUGUGUUCUAAUAAUUUAUUUAGUACUUGGGAUUUGAUUAGUGGCGAUAUUUGAGUGAUGUGAUCAUUUUCAAAGAUUUUUAGCAAUAAAUUUUUUUUAUUAAACCAA